AUGGACUACUCAACUGAAAAAGACGGGAUCAAACGCCGGAAGGUCAUGAGCUCUGAAGUUUUUGAGACGCCUGAGCCGGAGGAGCCGUUCCGUCCUUAUGCGCCCGCCAAUACGUCUGCCCGUCAGGCACGUGUAGGCGCUAGUAGUAGUCCGGAGGUUGAGGGCUAUUUCCAUGAUAAGAGCUUGAUGGAGCUGGACGAAGAAGAACUGCCAGCCACACAGGCCUUUGAAGUGUUUAUGGGCAAAGUUUACAAGCCGACUUUGCCCAAGCAGACUGAAUACGAGUCUUUUUCUGGUACAAACAGUACGACAACGACACUAGAGUCCCCAUUGGCUCGUUUUACACGGUUGUCACUGGAAUUGAAGGAGCUAGAAGCAGAUCUAACGCUGUUGGCGACAGACGCCGAGCAAAAGAAGCACAAAGUGAUUCUAGAUGCUGGUCAGGAGGCUGAAUUUAACGAAGUGAUGCAGGGUCUCAACACGCUGCAGCUCAAUCUGUCGGCUCUGGAAAAGAAUACUGCCUUUGAGCCCUUCUUGUGCACUGGCUCGGCUGAUGCUACUGCUGAUGCGGCGUUGCGUCUGCAGAAAGAUCUGACGGCCAAGUUUUUUCAGCAAAUCGACGCAAUCAAGAGGCAACAACAGGGUCAAACGGAUGAUUCUGCCUCCUCCGAAGGCGCACCUAUCGUGUACGAGAUAUACAGCAAUGGCGAGCUAAAUGCCGUUGAUAGAGACGCAAAGACUCGGGUGGCUACACUUGAAGCGCGAAUUUCGACGCUGGAGAGAGCUGUUGGGAGUUUUCAGGGGCAGGAGCUGCGGCUAGACGGCUUGGGCUUGCUUGGUGGCGCGUCGAGCACAGACCUGACGUCAACUGUUGCGCAACUCGAGCAACGUGUUGCGUUGAUGAGCGAGAAGAAUCUUGACGCAGUUAAGACCCGCACCACAGCCCUUGUUCACGAGUUCACACUACUCAGCAAACUGAAACAGUCGCCAAGUGUACAGGGAGCGCUGAACUCGCAGGCUGACCGAGAGCAUAUCCAAAAGAUAUACGACCAGCUCAGCAGUCUUGAUGCCGUCGCGGCCUCGGUGCCAAGUGUUGUAGACCGACUUGUCACGCUAAAGUCAGUGCAUGAUGAGGCCCUCAACUUAACAGCUCGUGUGGGCAAGAUGGAGCAAACUCAAGCCUCAUUAAAUGAGCUGCUGGAUUCAGAUGCUGCUUUACUCGCCAAUAUGGAGGCAAGCUUGGCUGAAAAUGUGCAGAUUUUCCAAUCGAACAUUCAGCAACUCGACGACCGCAUGGCCAAGUUGCUCGCUUCUUCAAGUGGUGGCUAG